AUGAAUGCAAUACGACAGACCCAGCUUCUGAACAAGCGCGAGCUCGAAAACGCAACCCCCCCGUCUGCCUCCUGGCACGCCGACUACAGGGACACAGCAUGGAUCUACAUCGGCGGCCUGCACCUGGGCCUGACCGAAGGCGACGUGAUCAUCGUCUUCUCGCAGUACGGCAACCCCACGCACCUCAACCUGAUCCGCGACAAAGAGACCGGCAAGAGCAAAGGCUUCGCGUUCCUGAAGUACGAGGACCAGCGGAGCUGUGACCUCGCGGUGGACAACCUGGGAGGCGCCGAGGUGCUGGGCCGGCUGUUGCGGGUCGACCACACCCGGUACAAGAAGAAGGAUGACGAGGACGAAGACACGUACCGGAUCGACCGGCUGGAAGCCCUGGCGGAGGCUGAAGAGGCGGGGCUCAAUGGCGAUGGGAAGAGAGGGAACGACGACGAAGACGACACCGAUGACCAAGAUGAUGCUGCCGCUGAUGAUCACGAUGAAGAGGGCGAUGGGCGCAGGAGAAAGCGCAGACGACGGCAGCUGCUGAAAGAAGAAGAGGAGCUGGAGACGCUGCUGGCCAUCAAGCAGGACGGCGAAGAACAGGACCCGAUGCGGGAGUAUUUGAUCCGAGAGAAACGGGAGGAGGUCGAGAGGGCCAAGGAGAGGAAGAAGAAAGAGAGAAGAAAGCACCGGCAUCACCACCGAACGGAUGACGGUCCGGCGGAUAGAGAUGACGAUCCUGACAGAGAGGGAGGAGAAAAGACCGGGACGGGGAUGACGACGACGACAGAAAGGGACCACGAGAAAAGCACAAGGACCAGAACUCGCCACAUGAUCGUGAGAGAGACAGGGACAAGGAUAGAGAAAGGGAUCACCGUCAUCGACAUCACCGACGGGAUAGUAGGGAGAGAAGGUCGUCGCGAGACCGCGAUCGUCCCUCGACCAGACAUGAUGAUGAAGAACGAUGAUUGA